AUGGCCAUCAUUAAAGACAUAGUCAUCACCCCCGUGGCAUUCCACGACCCGCCCUUACUCAACAGCGUUGGCGUACACGAGCCCUUUGCGCUCCGCAGCAUCGUCGAGGUCGUGACAGAGACGGUCUACGGCCUCGGCGAGUCGUAUGGGGACUCCGCGCAUCUCGACCGUCUCGCCAAGGCAGCACAGCAGAUAAAAUCCUUGUCUCUCUCAAUCUAUGACACAAACGCCAUCUACCAAAUAUGCGUGAACAGUCUCGCAAAGGACACUACCACCGGCGGGGACGGCAUGGCGGGGAUGGUGACAACCGCCUCAGUUGCCGAUAAAGUCUUCUCACCAUUCGAAGUCGCAUGCCUCGACCUCCAAGGCAAACUGGCCGGUGUGCCUGUAAGCGACAUUCUGGGCGGGCGUGUCCGUGAUAAUGUGCAGUACUCCGCAUACCUCUUCUACAAGUGGGCAGGGCACCCCGGUCUUCCAGACGACGAAUACGGCGAAGCCCUAACGCCUGAGCAGCUCGUUCAACAGGCGGAAAAGAUAAUCGCUGAGUACGGCUUCAGGGCGAUCAAGCUCAAAGGCGGCGUCUUUUCACCCGAACAAGAAGUCGCCGCUAUCAAGGCCCUGCAUGCCGCAUUCCCAGGUAUCCCCCUCCGCUUUGACCCCAACGCUGCCUGGACGGUUGAGACCUCUAAGUGGGUUGCAAACGAACUCGCCGGAAUUGUCGAGUACCUCGAAGACCCAGCGCCCGAGAUUGGCGGCAUGGCAGCCGUAGCAAAGGAAGCGUCUAUGCCACUGGCGACUAACAUGGCUGUCGUUGCCUUUGACCACCUCCCCCCAUCGAUACUGCAAAAAGCUGUACAAGUGAUCCUGUCUGACCACCAUUUCUGGGGUGGGCUGCGCAAGUCGCAAACCCUGGCAUCUAUCUGCACGAUUUGGGGGAUGAGACUGUCCAUGCACAGCAACAGCCAUCUAGGGAUCAGUCUGGCAGCAAUGACACACUUGGCCGCAGCGACGCCCAACCUGGACUACGCGUGCGAUACGCACUGGCCGUGGAAAAGGAGGGACGAGGACGUCAUCGUCGAUCCGGAAAGGGCGCUGAGGUGGGUGAACGGGGGCAUUGAAGUGCCGCGGGCACCGGGGUUGGGCAUUGAGCUUGAUCGAGGGCAGUUGUGGAGAUUGCAUCGGCAGUAUCUGGAGUGUGGCAUUCGGGAACGAGAUGAUACCUCCUAUAUGAGGCGGUUUGAGCCGAAGUUUGAUGCGAGUAUACCGAGGUGGUGA